AUGGCUACUGAAACAACUCAUCAAUCAAAGUAUACUGGUUACUCGCACGUAACCUGGUAUGUUAGCAAUGCUCGUCAAGCUGCAUCGUACAUGAUUACACGCAUGGGAUUUGAGCAUGUUGCUUAUCGUGGGCUUGAGACUGGAUCGCGCAACAUUGCAGCUCACGUUGUUGGUAGUCACCUUGUGCGAUUUGUCUUUAUGUCUGUUUUAAGAAGCGAGGCAAGAGUGGAGAAGGGCCAUGAAGAAGAUAUUGAUCUAAUUUGCGAGAUUAACGAGCACAUUAAGAAACACGGAGACGGGGUUAAAGAUGUGUCAUUUGCUGUGAAUGAUCUUGAUGCACUUUUCAAUUCAGCAGUGGAAAAUGGUGCACGAGUAGUCAAACCACCUCAUGUUUUGGAAGACAAGGACGGGUAUGUACGUCAAGCGGUGAUUCAAACUUAUGGUGAUACAACCCAUACCUUGGUUGAGUAUGUAGAUGUAAAAACCGGCCAGCCAACGUAUCGUGGUGUCUUUUUACCUGGGUAUUUUGAGUCUAAAGGUAGGGACCCUAUCAACAAGUUGCUUCCGGCCGCGCCGUUGGUGCGCAUUGACCAUUGUGUUGGGAACCAGGACCGGGAUCAGAUGGAGGAUGCAUGUCGGUAUUACGAGCAUGCGCUUGGAUUUCGCCGGUUUUGGUCAGUGGAUGAUUCGCAAGUACAUACAGAGUAUUCAGCGUUGCGUUCGGUGGUCAUGGCUUCUGGGGGUGUUAAUGCCAUCAAGAUGCCAAUCAAUGAAACAGCGCCAGGAAAGAAACGGUCGCAGGUGGAAGAGUUUGUUGAGUAUUAUGAUGGGCCAGGUGUUCAACACAUUGCGCUACUCACUGAAGAUAUUGUUGCGGCUGUUUCAAGCAUGAAGACCCACCGAGGGGUAGACUUUAUUGUGGUACCUCAUGCAUACUAUGAGAUGCUUGCUCUCCGUUUAAGAGAAAGGGGUGUUAGGGUGAGUGGAAGCGAGGAGUUGGUAUCGCCGUCGGCCUCGUUGUCAUCGUCAUCGUCAUCGUCACCGUCAUUGUCAUUGUCAUUGGUAUCUUCUUUGUCAUCUGCCAGAUCUGUUGGAGACGUUGACUCACUCGCCACAGAUGUAUUGACAAUGAGCACAGAUAGCGGUAGUGCAGACGAGGCUUUGUCAUGUGCUGCGUCAGAGACGCUUGAAGCCAAAUAUGCAAUGGUGGAAAAUUCCAAAGUUAUUGUUGAUGCUGCCGUGUCACCACCUAUGAUUAAACCUGUGGAGACUUCCCGUUGGUCAUUUGCUGAGAAGCAGUUGGAGAUUCCAUACAAUUAUGUGAUUCCGCCAAGUUUGGAAGAACUGGAACGUCUGGGGAUUCUGGUGGACUUUGAUGAGAACGGGUACUUGUUACAGACUUUUACACGACCGCUGGGAGACCGUCCGACUGUUUUUAUUGAGAUUAUCCAACGAAUGAACCACAAUGGUUUUGGUGCUGGCAACUUCCGGGCCCUGUUUGAAGCUAUCGAGAGAGACCAAAGCGCGCGGGGCAACCUAUAG